AUGCCCUACAACUUCAUGGAGCCAAUCUUGAACCGCGCGCCUGAGGAGUCCAGGCUUCUCCGGAAAACCGAUCCAAAGAAAGCAAAAACAUACCUAGAGUUGGCGCGGGUGCUGUUGCGAAGAUUUGCUUCCGACACCAGCGGCCGAGCUGUGGAGUUCUUGGUCGACUUGGUGACAAACCAGACUCCCGGCCACCUGGCCCCCUUGCCGUUUUACACUACAGCUGGUUCCCUGGACACGAUCCAAGUUGGCCUUUCAACUGGGGCACUGUACAGGGUGUGGGGCAAUGAUUUCAAGCUGGAGGAGGAGACCAAUCGCCAGAAGGGUGCCCACUGCGCUCAGAACCAAAACUCCGUGGUGAGGAAGAAGACUGUCUUGAAGAAGAACCUCAAGGUUUCCACCAAGAGGAAAAAGUAUCCCAAAUGCACGGUCUAUGCAGCCACGCCAGACCACCCCUCGGGCUUUGUGAGCGUGCAAGAUGCUUUCAAUUGGCCCACAGUUUUUUUGAAUCGUAUUGCUGCAAGAUUGGGCCCACAAUGGGUGUGCCAGCGUUUGGCAGAGUGGCGGUGGAACUUUUCGAGCGCAUUUUCAGGGGUAGGCCCCAUUUGCGUCAGCUUCAGCAAGGCUGGGAAAAGGUUGGGGACCGAAGCUCCGAGCUACAAGUGCCACACAGCCUUCUAUCGGAAGAUUGCUCCUACAAGCGAUGCCAUGUUGAUAGAGAACGUGCCAGAAUACCCAGAGUCUUUGAUCAAGCAGGAGUUGGGGCCCGGCUAUUCAGUGCGCAGCAUUGUGAUAGACCCACGCAUCCUGGGCAUCCCCGCAGCGCGCACUAGGCGCUAUGCCAUCGCAUGGAGGCACAGCAAGGUGAAGUGGAGGCCAGAGAUUAAUCUGGAGGACGUGGUCGCGACAGACAAGAAGCGCUUUCUCAGCGGGGAGGAGAUGCUGGCAUCGCAAAUCCUGCCGAUCAACAAGCAACAGGCGGAUGUGUGUGGAGCGCCAGUGCUCCAGCUUGAUGGGUUGCGCAACGCAGCGAAGGCCAAAGCAGCGGGUAAUUCAAUGAGUGUACCAUGUGUAGGGCUGAUGUUGCUAGUGGCCGCUUUGGCACUGGAAGUGUCUUGA